CCCUUUCCUCAACUAAAAUUCUCCCCUGCAAAACUAAACUCAACCAAACUUUCUCUCAUUCUCAUCCAUUUCUGCACAUAAGAAUGGACACCCAACUAUCACUUGCCAUUCUGUCCUUACUCUCAAUACUACUAAACUUCCACCAUAUCUCCGCUGAAACUCCGCCCGACGCCGCCCCGAGCGUCUCCCCAGCCAACAACUCCGAAUUCAUCCGCACAAACUGCCAAACAACUCUCUACCCCGAGCUCUGCUACAGGUCACUCUCCCGCCACGCCCUGAAAAUCCAAGAAGACCCCGCUCUCCUCGCACGCGCCGCCAUAGGCGUGAGCCUCAACCGCGCCAAGCGCAUGGCCAACUACGUCUCCAACCUAACCCAGGAGGCCGACACCGGCGCCAACGAGCCCCGCGCCGUCUCCGCCCUCCACGACUGCUUCUCCGUCUUCGGCGACGCCGUCGAACAAAUACGAGACUCGCUCAGGCAGAUGCUCGUGAUGAACGGCUCCGGCGAGUCGCUCAGGUUUCAGAUGAGCAAUGUGCAGACGUACAUGAGCGCGGCGUUAACGAAUGAGGACACGUGUACGGACGGAUUCGAGGAAGUGAGCGACGGUCCGAUGAAGAAGGACGUGUGUGAUCGGACGGUGAAAGUGACGCAAGUGACGAGUAAUGCGUUGGCGUUGGUUAAUAGUUAUGUUUCCAAGGUAACCAACCCAUGAUGAUUCAUCAUCAGCCGUUACCCACAGUUAAUAAUUUUGUGCCCUAGUAAAAAGUUACGGUUAAUUAUAUAAUUAUUAUUAUAUUUAUAUCUUUUUCGUCGUGUAAAACUGUAAAAGAGUUGAAAGGAAAUGAAACGUUAAACAUUUUCAUGAAGGUGUACUGUCUGUGUAAAUAUAAUAUAUGUAUGUAUUUAUGUUGUUAAGAACUUUGGAGUUGUUUAUUAAAAUAGAGAAUCAAAUUUGUGUAGGUGGAGACAUGUGAAUCGUAGAUUUCUUACUUCUUGUUGUAAUUUCGUUGUCCUUUUUAGAGCACGUUUUUCUUCUUAUA